AUGGUAGAAUUGUUUAUUGAAAAGUUGUCAUAUAGUUCGUGCCAAAUAUUCAACCCUUUAGGAGAAUUCUCACGCAUGUUAGAUUUGGGAGUUGAGUCUGAUAGUUUUCUUUCAGCUUCUUUGAGUGAAAUGGAGCGGACUCAAUUUCAAUAUCACAGUGGUGCACUUUCAUUCGGUGGAACACCAAACUUCAUGAACAAUAAAGUCCCUUAUGAAAAUAUGAGGUCGUUAAGAGGGGCAACAAUUAAAGAGGAUGAAAGAAGCAACGCCUCUGAAGGUGAAGAUCAAGAUAGUGCACCAAUUGAUAGCAUCAAUCCGAUAUUAGAGCAAGAUCACAGUGGUGCAUCUGCCUCUUACAUAACGCAGUUGAUUAUGCCAAAAUUAAAGAAAAAGCUUGAACUAACUCCCGGGAUAAUUGCGACGACAAAAAUAUUUGGUGAUUGGGAGAAGUCUUAUGCGACGCUACCUCAAUAUCUUGAAGCGAUCAAAAGAAGCAAUCCUGGAUCUGAAUACAAACUUAUAACCAAAGAGAUCAAUCCGGGAGUUUACCAAUUCAUCUCUGCAUUUUGGGUACGUGGCUUUUUGGGUCAGCCACAAUUGGAAAAUGCUCUAACGGGAAUGGACCUCGUCAUUAUUCCUGCCGGUGUUCCAAGAAAACCGGGAAUGACGAGAGACGAUUUGUUUAACAUCAAUGCAGGAAUUGUUCGAACUCUCUGUGAGGGCAUUGCUAAAUGCUGCCCUAAUGCAAUAGUAAAUUUGAUAAGCAAUCCAGUGAACUCUACAGUUCCUAUUGCAGCUGAGGUAUUUAAAAAGGCAGGCACCUACAAUCCUAAUCGUCUCUUAGGAGUCACAACCCUUGAUGUUGUGAGAGCCAAUACUUUUGUGGCUGAAGUAUUGGGGCUUGACCCAAGGGAGGUUAAUGUUCCAGUUGUUGGUGGACAUGCAGGAGUUACAAUAUUGCCCCUCUUGUCACAGGUGAAACCUCCAUGUUCCUUCACUUCAGAAGAAAUAAAAUCUUUGACUGAUCGCAUUCAAAAUGGCGGAACAGAAGUAGUUGAGGCAAAAGCUGGGGCUGGAUCCGCAACUUUAUCAAUGGCAUAUGCUGCCGCUAAAUUCGCAGAUGCAUGCUUGCGAGGAAUGCGGGGUGAUGCUGACAUUGUAGAAUGCUCAUUUGUGGCUUCUCAGGUGACAGAGCUGCCAUUCUUUGCCACCAAAGUAAAGUUAGGUCGUGGCGGGGUUGAGGAGAUUUUUCCUCUUGGGCCUUUGAAUGAAUUUGAAAGGUUUGUCACUAUCACUGGAUGAGACUUUUCAGUCUUA